UUCGAUACAAAUAAACAAACGAGUUUUAGAGAGUGUGAUUCAGGACUUUCAGCGGCUGAACUUUGAUAACAGGGUUUUGCGAACCAGGGUUUAUACAGAGAGAGUUUUUUUCCCCGCAAACCAGAAACGAAUUCUUUGUGAAUUUCCUUAAACCGGUUUCAUUAAUGGAGGCUGUUGACGAAUAUAAACCAGCAAACGAAUUUCAAGAGGAUGUCAAAGACUCACUUCUGGAAAUCCCUUUGUCAGAUUCGCAGGAGUUUUGGCUUAUCCAGUGGCCAGAUAAACAAGAUCCUGAUUUUGAUGGCCAAGAAGUGUCAAUUAAGUUGCAUCAUGAUGGACAAUUAGCUAGUUUUGAAAGUUCAUCAGGAAUGUCAUACGAAAUGGUGAGCUAUGCAUCUCAAGAACCAGAUGCAACGGUAUUUCUAUCAUCUGCAUCUGAGGCAAAGAUUGCUGGAAAAAUUUCACGCCGUGUUUCUUUGGUCCGCUAUCCAGAACUCCGCGAGCUUGAAGAAAAAGCUAAAGAAGCUAAAGAAAAAGCCAAGGCUGAACGUGCAGCUCAACAGAGUGCAAGAGCACACUCAACUGCAAUAACUCCAUCUAAAUCUAGUGGUGGUAGGCGAGGAAUUUUGCCUGCAAUUAGUGGAAUGCCCCGAGGUAAACUAUUGGGUAGCGGUGAGCCAUCAUCGAAGCAUCCCAAGAAAAGACGCGUCAAUGAACCAACAAGAACAAUAUCUCCAGCGGUUAACUUAUCAGGAGGACAUGGAAGUGGUGUUACUACAACUUCUUCAGGAUCUGCUGGGUCCUGUCGUUCAGAGAACUCUAAGAAGAAGAAGAAGACCAAGGAAGAAACAGAGUAAACAGGAGGGGUUCUGAAAAAUCGUGAAUUUUUUUGUCCCUUUGAUAUCAAGAUUUUGCAAGUCCUUUUCAAGUGAGAAUAUGAAAUAUGAACCAACGCAUUUGGGCCUUCUUUACAAUCGAUGAAUCAUUAGUUUUACCA